AUGGAUGAUAUAAAUAUGAAAUUGGUUUUACAUCAUAGUGGGUAUUUUAUAGAUAGUGAUGGUGGGCCUAUGAGUUACUUUGGGGGUAAAGUACAUGUGUUUGAUAAUGUUGAUGUUGAUACAUUUUUUGUGCUUGAGCUGAUAUAUAUGGUGAAGAAGUUAGGGAUAUGUGAUUACAAACAGCUUUUUUAUAGGAUUUCCACAGAAGAUCUGGUUAGAGGAUUAAGAAGAUUAGGUACUGACCAAGAUGUUUUAAAAAUGUUUCAAUAUCUAGCCUCUGCAAGCACAUUAGAAUUAUUUGUUAAGCAUCAUGUGUCACACAAUGUAGACACCCUUUACCCUAUUUUGUUCCUUACUGAUGUCCCUGUAAAUGAUGAUAAAAAUGCUCAACAUCCUCAGUCUCGUGACUAUAAAGAUGAUGCAAACAAUGAAGAUGAGGAGAAUGGUGACUCAUCAGAUGAGAAUGAACCAAAUAAAGAAGGAGGCAAUGCAUUUGAGGAAUAUGCUAUGAAUGAUAAGGAUUCAUCUGAAGAGGAAUUAUUAACCCCCAAUGGAUUUGAUGAGGAGGGUAAUGGGAAGCCAAAGUACCCUGAAUUUAAGCCUGAGGGGCGGGUUCGGGUCGUGACACUGGGCUUGGGCCCGGGCCUAAACGAGCCGAGCCCACCGCAGGCUGCAAGUGGGCUUCAGGCCGCCCACGAGCCACAAGCCAUUUUUACAUUCCUAGCUAGUACUAAGGGUGAGGAUGACCCUACUGAUGAUGAUACCAUGUUUGAUGAUAAUGUAGAGAAUGAACCAAAUGAAGAAGGAGGCAAUGCAUUUGAGGAAUAUGCUAUGAAUGAUAAGGAUUCAUCUGAAGAGGAAUUAUUAACCCCUAAUGGAUCUGAUGAGGAGGGUAAUGGGAAGCCAAAGUACCCUGAAUUUAAGCCUGAGGGACUAGUUCCAACUCUUGAAGAAUUGUGCCCCGAAGGCCAUUAUAGAUUUUGUGUCACACAUCUUUAUGCAAAUUUUAAAAAGGAGAUUAGAGGGAAUGAGCUAAAGAGUUGUGUAUGGAAAGUUGCAAAGGCAUAUACAAGGGUUGAUUGGGAGAAGCAUAUGACUAAGUUCCAUACUAGAGAUAGAUCCAUCCUCACCAUGUUAGAGUGGAUUAGGAGGGCUUUGAUGGUGAGGCUACAUGAAUGUAUGGACAAAAUGAUGAAAUACCAAGGGCCAAUAUGUGCAAAUAUACAAACUAAGAUUGAGAGGUCAAAGAUAAUUGAGGAUUAUGUGCAUGUGGCUUUCAAAAAAGAGACCUACUUGAGUACUUAUGAGGCACUGAUAAAUCCACUUAAUGGCCAAAAUCAGUGGCCUAAGACAGGUUGUGAGCCUUUACUUCCUCCUGAGUUGAAAAGGCCAACUGGUAGGCCUCAAAAACAAAGAAUUAGAGACCUAGAUGAGCCUCAGAACCCAUUCAAAUUACAGAGGAAGUGUACCAGCCUAAAAUGCUCCAAGUUUGGUGUACAUGGUCAUAAUCAAAGAACAUGCAAGGGGCCUGUCAAGGGUAAAAAGGAAAGAGCUGCAAGUUUAUCAAAGAAUGUGAGGACUCGACAAACUUUCAUGGGAUUCAGAUCAGAUGCAAUAUCUGGGGAUGCAUCAACUGGUGGACAACAGCAGCAACCACCACAGAGGGCAUCAACAAGGAAGACAUCAACACCAGCAGCAACCAUGAGAAGGGAUGAAGUUGAACAAGUCUUGGGUAAUCAGGCUAGUGUUAAUAGAGACAUAGUGAACUGA